AUGGCUUCCGCACUCGACUCGUUCACCGCGCAGUUGCAGCACGUGGCGACCCAGCCCAACAAUGCUCGUCUUGCCGCCUACGACUCGUUGAUCUCGGACCUAUUGCAGCUACCUUCCACUAAGCUGAGUCGCAACAAUGUGCUCGAAGCGACGUCAGCCUACCUCCGACACGCGGUCUUCAGCGAACAGAAUUCCACCGGCGGUGGUCUCGUCAUCGGCAGACAGGCCCUCACCGCGCUCGAACACCACGCAGGACGAGUCGCAGAAAAGUACGAAUCACAGCAACGAGACAAAGACAGAAUGCAAGAUGAUGACGACGACGAUGGAAGCGCACCGGCCAUCGUAGACAGGGACACGCGCCGUCAACUACUCGAAAACGCCUUGGAGCAGCUGCAGCCACGAGUGCUUAGCUUCGAAGAGCAAGCAUCGAGCCUGCGUAUACAGCUGGCAGCCCUUCUCGAGGCGGAGGAGGACUGGAAUGAGGCGGCGCGUGUGCUGCUGGCAAUUCCGUUGGAUUCGGGGCACCGCAACGUCUCGGACCAUUUCAAGCUUUCGAUCUAUGUGCGCAUCGUGCGUCUACUGCUCGAGGGAGACGACCCUGUCGCAGCCGACAUGUACCUCAAGCGUGCAAGCAUGAUCAUUCACAACGUGCCUGGUGCGCUUCCCUCUCAGUAUCAGCAGCAGCAGCAGCAGCAGCAGCAGCAAGAACAAACGUCAGCCGCGGUAGCAGCAUUGACCGCCAGCGCAGGAGAGGAUGCAAACGAAGCAGCACCAGCUGCAGGAGCAAGUGGAGGCUCCAAGCACAAGCUCGAAGAUCCAAAGAUCCUGGGGCUGCAGUAUCGGCUGUCGCAAGCACGCGUCUACGACUCGCAGCGACGAUUCUCAGAGGCAGCGAUCCGAUACCACGAGCUGAGCUACGUGGCCGAGAUUGACGAGGACGACCGCACCAUGAUGCUGUCGGCCGCGGUGACGGCGGCGAUUUUGUCUCCAGCAGGCCCGCAGCGAGCAAGGACGCUGGCGAUGCUGGUACGGGACGAGCGUACGCCUUCUCUGCCUCAGUACACGAUCCUGUCCAAGGUGUUUCUGGAUCGCGUCAUCCGUCCAGACGAGAUUGUGAGUUUCGAAAAGCUGCUGUCUCCGCAUCAGAUCGCCAAGCUGGCGUCAUCGUCGUCUAAGCCAGCAGGUGCUAAAAGUGCCUCGACGGACGCUACCGAAGCUGCAAGUAGCAAAUCAGUACGACAUGCUCCAUCGACGGUGCUGGACCGAGCCAUGAUCGAGCACAACGUGCUGAGCGCAUCGAGGCUGUACGACAAUAUCACGUUGGCUGGGCUGGGCGCGCUGGUGGAUCUGAGCCCGGAGGGAGCCGAAGACAUUGCACGCAAGAUGAUCAUGCAGGGCCGACUCAAAGGCUGGAUCGACCAGGUGGGGAGUACGAGCACCAGCGCAAGCCAAACAGGAGCGCGAGGUGGUGGAGUGCUGUUCUUUGUCGACCAGGAUCGACGCGGCGAAGGAGAGACGACAGCGGGUGGACUGGAAGCCACCAAGGUAGAAAGCAGCGGUGCAGACGGGGGUAGCGUUGGUGGAGGUGGCGUUGGCGAAGGAGGUGCCCACGGCGGCGCGGGUGGAGGCGAUGUCGACACCAAGUGGACACGCAGAUGGGAUCAGCAGAUCGCCCAAGUGACGGGCGCGCUCGAAGACGUGUGUCAGAGGAUCAACAAGAUCUCUGCUGCGACGACAACAGCAAGCAUGGCUGCUUGA